GCAAGCGCUCCCCUAGCCUUCCCACAACCACAGAGGAUAUCCCUGGACCAGGAAGGACCCGGAGGGGGAGAAAAUAAAAAUCAAAACAAAACAGAAACAGGCCCGAGAUACUGAAAGGACACAGUUUACAACAGCCUUGCUCUGCACUCUUGACCGCUUCCACACGGCCAUUCAUCUGUGGUACCUCCUUUCAUCAUUUCCAGACAAAUGGACCAGGGCCCUGGCGCUAGAGGUGACCUUGGGUAGCCAUACAGCCGCUUCCAGAUCUUUUCUUCGUCUGUGGAACAAGUGAGAUUAGCAGCUUGGUUAUGAUUUCGUCCAUAGUAAGAGAGGCUAUGGAGCUACGGAGAUGGCUCUGGAUAACUUAAAAUUGUCAGCUAUCUCCAAAGAAAACUAGAAGGUGGAGGCUCCCGGGCAACUUUUCCGGGUUCGGGUAGAGAAGGUGUGGACAGGGCGUGUCGGGGCGCCAGGCCCUAGCUGCUAUCAGCUGAGCCCUUCGGCCGAGCCAGAGCCCCGCGGUGACCCGUGGGCGGGGCUUCGGGUGACAGAUCGGGGAAGGCGAAAGUGUGGUCAGAAAGGUUCUCCUUUCUGGUCCGCUCCCUCCUUUAAAAGGUCUGGCGCGCAGCUUCUCUCUCACAGUUCUCCUGCGCGGCCGGCCGGGACUGAGCGUCUUGGUGAAGUGACUCACUGGUGGGCCCUGACACUCUGGAAGUCUUCCCGAGAAGUGGACAUCAGUCUCUGACAGUCCCGCUACAGUGAGAAAAUGGCAGCUACAGGAACUGAAGCAAAGGACCUGGAAAACCAUCACAACAGUGACUGCCUCGUCCAGCUUUCAAAUCCAAACAUAGCCACGAUGAAGGAAGACGUUCUCUACCAUUUCAACCUCAGCACUAGCACACACGAUUUCCCCGCUAUGUUUGGAGAUGUGAAGUUUGUGUGUGUUGGUGGAAGCUCCUCCCGGAUGAGCGCCUUCAUCAAGUAUGUGGCCGCAGAGCUGGGCCUUGACCACCCAGGGAAAGAAUAUCCCAACAUCUGCGCAGGCACUGACCGCUACGCCAUGUAUAAAGCCGGGCCCGUGCUGUCUGUGAGCCAUGGCAUGGGCAUCCCUUCCAUUGGGAUCAUGUUGCAUGAGCUCAUCAAGAUGCUGUACCAUGCCAGGUGCUCCAACAUCACCAUCAUCCGCAUUGGCACUUCAGGAGGGAUAGGUCUGGAGCCUGGCUCUGUCGUCAUCACUCAGCAGGCAGUGGAUGAGUGCUUCAAACCAGAGUUUGAGCAGAUUGUGCUGGGAAAGCGGGUGACUCGAAACACCAGCCUGGACGCGCAGCUGGUACAGGAGUUGAUGCAGUGCUCCUCAGACCUGAACGAGUUCCCCACUGUUGUGGGUAACACCAUGUGCACCUUGGACUUCUAUGAGGGGCAAGGCCGCCUGGAUGGUGCCCUCUGCUCCUACACAGAGAAGGACAAACAGGCCUAUCUGCGUGCAGCCCAUGCCGCAGGUGUCCGAAAUAUCGAGAUGGAAUCUUCAGUGUUUGCCACCAUGUGCAGUGCCUGUGGCCUGAAAGCGGCUGUGGUGUGUGUCACUCUUCUGGACCGUCUGCAAGGGGAUCAGAUCAACACUCCCCAUAAUGUGCUUGUGGAAUACCAGCAAAGGCCGCAGCGGCUGGUGGGCCAUUUCAUCAAGAAGCGCCUAGGGAGGGCCUGAGACCCGUGCCUUUCUGCUCGGGAGACGUUUCUGCAACUCCUGGGCAAUAAAUCUAUUUUUUCAUAA